UGCGUUGUAUUCCUUAUGCAUUUGUCAGGAAAAGCGUUAAGCUGCAUUUUUCCAAUUGCUUUGUCUAGAUAAGAAAUUUUGAAUUGCUCAAUUAAAGCAACCUCUCCUUUAAAAAUCUGUACAGUUUUUAGGUAAAGAUUGCCAACAGGAUUAUUGGAUUAAUCAAUCCUUAUUUAUUUUCCUGCCUGCCAAUCUAAUACGCUAACGCUUCUUACAUUAUAAAUACCUCUAAUUGAUUUUACGUUGGUGUCAAACUGCAGGUCCCCCUCUUCCGAUCUUCACUCUUUCUACUUCUGCCCUUUUACGUCAGGGAUCGUUGUCAACUCCAAUCUGUUCGGAAGGAUUUGUGCACAAGGUGGUGCAAGUCAAGCGGAAGCUCUGCGACGUGGUCUGCAGUCAAUCGCACAUUUAAAGGCUCAAGCGCAGCUUAAAGUGUCGGAAAAAAGCGAGGGGACUGCUGCCGAACAACUAAAAGUUCAAGCAAACCCGCCUUGAUUUAAGUGCAAACCAAGUCAACAUAUUGCGUCAAUCUCUAGUCCACAGCCAGACGAUCUUCUUUCCCAAGUAAAUCACCUCUGGAGCCACCAAACAGACAUUCAAGUAGCAAAAUAUUGACGCAAUAGAUCAAAUAUGAUCAAAAACCAUUCUGGACACCUUGUUUUGUUUCAGAUUUCCUUUUAAAGGUGAAACUGUAUUCUUAUAAUAACUCAAAUUGGAAGCAGUUUGCGGUAUUACAAAAGAAUUGAAGCCCUGCUCGAGCUGCGGAUUCCAAUAUUUGCCCUUUGAAGUCCACUGUGAACUGCAGCUCGAUUAUGUUUUAUUACAUGUGGUGUGCUGUUGUCUGUGUCAUUUGGGUUGAAGGGAAGGUCAAGAUCACGGACAAAUGGAACCGAGAGGUCACAGAGGUCAAAUUGUCUCAGUACUACAACCAGAUGUUCCCGCUUUACUGCAAAACUGACAAGGGGGACACGUCUGUUAGAUGGGAGGCUCCAUUGGAGGCCAACAGAACGGGGCUGGUGGGGGUGCAAGAGGGGGGAAGUGUUCUGGUGGUCAGUGUGCCAGGUCCGGCUGGAUCAGCUGGCGGGAACCCAGGAACUUUUAGUGGGACCGGUGCACUGCAGCAGGAAGCUGGAAGGGUCACUGGCGAUGACGAGGGAGAGGGGGAGAGGGAGGGGGAGCAAGAGGGUAGUGUGAUAAGAAGACUGAAGGGUCAAUUCAGAUGCAGCAACACUCUCUCGCCCUCCGACCAUGCAGACGUAUUUCUCACAGCACCAUACCUGAUUGAUGUGAAGGCAGAACCAGUGCAGUACGUGACCAAGGGAUACCCUGGCAAUUUGAGCUGUGUGGCUAGCUUCCAGGACCCAAAAAGCACCAAGAACUCUCUCCAGUUCAAGAAAUCCUCCCCAGUUGCACCCUCAAUCUCCCCUGAACUGAAUAAGUUCGAAGUGUAUGCGCCUUCUAGCGGCUUAUGGAGUGGGGAGUGGCGUCUGGGUCUCAUGGUGGCAGACCAGUCUUCUUCUGGCAGGUUCUACUGCGUGGCCGCCUACAACAAGUUCGACACCACAGCUCAAGCCAGCUUCAAAGUAGUCGUAGACGAGAUGCCCCGUUUCGUGCGCAGACUUCCGAGUGUGGUGGAGGUCUUGAGGGGGGAGAGUGUCUCCAUAGCAUGCAUGGCCACAGGACUGCCCUCCCCCUCGUACAAGUGGAAGAUGACACAAAGCUAUGACCACAUUCCACCAGCAGGGGAGAGGGUGCGGGUGACGGACAAUGGGACUCUGGUUUUGAGUCAAGUGCGGCCUAAGGAUGGGGGCCAGUACGAGUGCCACUCACACAACAGGGCAGGCUCAAUCAUGCAGACCACCCUACUCCAAGUCAACUACAAGGCCAGCUUGGUGCCUAUAGCGAGCAGGGUCGUGACCGAAACGGAACAGUUCAGUGUGAAAUGUGUGGUUUUGGAGGCACAGCCACACCCCCACAAGUUCUCAUGGACUCUCAACUCACUACCCAUCUACACUGGAGAGGAGAUGCGAAACUCAACCAGAGAUGAUUCUGUCAGGAAAAAGUACAAAGAUAGUGUGUUCGAAGUUCAGUCAUCCUUGGGCGCGAACAAUGUGUUCACGUCCACUCUCUGGUUCAAGAAGCUGCACAGAAGUGGCUCUGUAGGAGAGUAUGCAUGCGAGGUUCAAAAUGCAGUCGGCAUCAGCCGAGCGACAUUCACAGUGGACGUUCACUAUCGUCCCUACCCUACUAAUGGAAAAGUUGAGGAGACGGUGAAGGCGUUCGAGGGAUCUGAUAUCUGUAUAGAGUGCCAGGUGGAUGCCAAGCCGUCCGUCGCCAACCAAGACUUCCUCUGGACAUUUGCUGGCCAGAAACUCAUCAACUACCGCAACGUUACUUACGUUGACGGACAAAUAACAACCAACACUCUCUAUAUCAACAACAUGCCCAGUUCAUUCUUGGGCGGACAUUCUACCCGCGGGGGUAGUGUUAGUGGAGAGCAUGGGGAUGGGGGAGAGGAUGCUGGCAAUUUUCAGCACAGUACAUUCCAGUGCACCGUGGCCAACUCGGUGGGCCAGCUGACGAAACUUUUCCGCAUGUAUCGACUGAACAGGCCGGGGGAGGCGUUCUUCCGUAGCAAAUUCUUAGACAUCACCCCAACCAGCGCCCGUGUCCGUGUUCAACUACCCAUAAUCGAGGAUGCGAAGGAGGAGAUGACAGAGUACCUGUUCCAGAUAGAUGAGGCCGGGCAACUGGAUCAAAAGCCGGAGUUAAGGCCGAUUGUACCUGUAAACUACAACGAGAUGACAAGAAUAGCGGAAUUCGAGAUAACUGGUCUUCACUUCAGCAGUGAGUACAUAGUGUCUGUGGCAGCAGUUAACAGAGGAGGCACCGGACCCUUCGUACAAGCCCCUGAGCCGCUGCAGACUGCUGAUGACAGGGUGCCCUACCAGCCGACAGUGGAUGUGGUUCAUACUGGCUCCACAAACCACACCUUCAAGUACACAGUCGUCAACAAUGGAGGACAUCCCAUACUCACAUAUACACUAACCUACUUCUGCCGCCAAAGCUACAAUAUGCAAGGCAGUGGAGAAAAGCUGGAAAAUGUGCUGCACAUAGCCGCAGCUCCAGCUACAGAUACCAGACCUGUCGCACUUCCAGUCACCAACCCCGCCGACCGUUCCCUGUGGUCAGAUGGGAUCUUCACUGUCAGCAACCUCUUGCCGAAUUCCACCUGUCAGCUGAAGCUCAGGGCUGAAAACAAAAAGGGUUAUGGGCCAGAGUUCAUUUGGCUGACAAAAACAAAUGUGUUGGUCGGAACUGAGACGAUACAGAUGGUUUUAUGGGGAGUGUCUGUGGAUCUGCUGUUGAUUGCACUGGGGGUCACUCUUCUCCUAUUUAUCACUCUUUGUCUACUCAUGGAUUUCUGUAUGUACUUGACCAGUGCCAAUCAUACCGGAGGAUGUAUAAUUCCUCUGUUGUGUAACAAUUGCUGCUGCUACUGCUGUUGUCGCAAUUUUAGUCACGGGUCUCCCUCGUAUGCAGCUUCUUCUUGUCGAAACGCUUCCUUUUCUCCAGCUAAACACAACACGAUAAAUGACUACAACAAUAGACAAAGUUCAGCAGAUAUCUUGCGCAACCUCGAGUACGACCCAAGAGAAAUCAAUUUAUGAUUCAGCAGAUUGGUACAGAGGACACAAACACCGAUACACUCACCUAAGCGUGCUCAUGACCUUUGUAAAUUCAGCUCUAAAUCAAAAAGACCUGCGACUUUCUGUUUGAAAAAACGUUCCUUUUUGGAAUCAAUGCAACUCUAUUAUUUUUUGGCGUUUUUAAAGACACACAAAAGUAUUCACAAUGAUGCAUGUACUGAGCGCAUGGCAAGAAUGGCUGAAAUUUCCCCCUCAUUUAGCUUCCUGCUUUUUGUAUGUUUUAUUUUUAUUCUGGAAUUGAAAUUUUUGUCCGGGGUGGCUCACUCAUAGAGUAAUUUCAGAUAAGGU